UGUUCUUUUGCUCAACAUACUUGGAGCAAAAUUCACCGACACACGCGUACACGGGAUAGCUGAGGUACUUAGUUGCCCAAAUAAAUGGCGAUCUCACUCACCUCGCUGCUCCUCUCCCUACCCCAACAAUGGCAGCCCGUCCUCUUCGCACUUCUCUCCGCCAUUUCCCUGCUCCUGUUGACGAGGAUCCGGAGCCGCAGCUCGUCCGGAAAAAAAGGGCUCAAGCUGCCACCAGGCCCCGCCACGGUGCCCCUCCUUGGCAACCUGCACCAGCUCGGCCCGCUGCCGCACCGGGCCCUACGGGACCUGGCGCGGGUCCACGGGCCGGUGAUGCAGCUGCAGCUCGGCAAGGCGCCGGCGGUGGUGAUAUCGUCGGCGGAGGCGGCGUGGGAGGCGCUCAAGGCGCACGACCUCGACUGCUGCACGCGGCCCGUGUCCCCGGGGACGAAGCGCCUCACCUACGACCUCAAGAACGUGGCGUUCGCGCCCUACGGCCCCUACUGGCGCGAGGCGCGCAAGCUCCUCACCGUCGAGCUCCUCAGCGCGCGCCGCGUCAAGGCGGCAUGGUACGCACGCCAUGACCAGGUGGAGAAGCUGAUCAGCACCCUGAGUCAUGCGGAAGGAAAGCCGGUGGCGCUGGACGAGCACGUCCUGAGCCUCUCCGACGGGAUCAUCGGCAUGGUGGCGUUCGGCAACAUCUACGGCAGCGACAAGUUCUCCCAGAACAAGAAUUUCCAGGACGCGCUCGACGAUGUCAUGGAGAUGCUAUCCGGCUCGGGAUCCUCCGCCGAGGACUUUCUCCCCAAAGCGAUCGGCCGCCUCGUGGACCGCCUCACCGGCUUCAUCGCCCGCCGCGAGCGAAUCUUCAGGCAGCUCGACGCCUUCUUCGAGAUGGUCAUCGAACAGCACCUGGACCCCAAGCGCGCGCCUCCUGAGAACGGCGGCGACCUCGUCGACGUCCUCAUCGACCUGUGGAAGAAGCCCUGUGGCACGUUCAGCUUCACCAAGGACCACGUCAAGGCCAUAAUUUUUUCGACGUUCGUCGCCGGUAUUGACACGAAUGCGACGACGAUACUGUGGGCGAUGUCGGAGCUGAUCCGGAAGCCACGCGUGCUCAAGAAGGCGCAAGCCGAGAUCAGGGCUGCGGUGGGCGGCGGGGACAGGGUGCAGCCGGACGACAUGACGAAGCUCAGCUACCUCAGGAUGGUGGUGAAGGAGACCCUGCGGCUGCACCCGCCGACGCCGCUGCUACUGCCGAGGGAGACCAUGCGGCACAUCCAGAUCGGCGGGUACGACGUGCCGGCGAAGACAAGGAUCUAUGUGAACGCGUGGGUGAUCGGCCGGGACCCGGCAAACUGGCCCGACGACCCGGAGGAGUUCAACCCGGAUAGGUUCGAGACGAACGAGGCGGACUUCAAGGGAGAGCACCCUGUUCUGAUGCCGUUCGGCACGGGGCGGCGGAUAUGCCCGGGCAUGUCCAUGGCUAUGGCCACCGUCGAGUUCACGCUCGCCACUCUGCUCUUCGGCUUCCAGUGGGCGCUCCCGGAGGGGAGGACGGCGGACGAUGUGAGCAUGGAGGAAGAAGGAAGGCUCGUCUGCCACCGCAAGACGCCGCUCGUGCUCGUGCCCACCGUGUACCGCCGCGGCCUUGAAUAGAAAGCGAGUGAUCAGUAUUUGAAUGGAAAGGUCGGUGUCGCCAAGGGUAGAAAAGUGUCGUGUAAACCAGCAACGACCUGCCAAUAAAUUCUUGGACAUAUAGCUACAUAGAGAAUAAAGAAAUAAUUUAUAAUGA